AUGGUCGACCCCGAGUACCAGAAAUGGAGAAUAGUGAACCUAGAUCGUUGUUGCUCAGAGCUCAGAGUUGGUGGUACCAAAACCUUUCUCGAAGUCAUCUUCCGGGACCAUGAUUGGCUUGUGCUACUUCUAGCACGACCCGCCUUCCGUCCUGAAGCACCGAGAGUGUGUUUACCUCCGCUAGAUGCUUCUAGGAGCGAACUCGGGCGUUUGGACCUUCCGCCGGAGAUCAUCUAUACCAUCUUCGACCAUAUAGACGCGCACGGAGACGUGGUCGCACUCGCUGUCACGCAUCGCUUGCUAUCCGUGACAGGCUGGCAUCGUCUAGUGCGGAUACGACGUGCACGAUUCACACUCCGAAAUUGGGCUGGCGACCACAUCAUCAUGGUUGGAGAACUAUCCGAGUCGCUCCCCGAGGGAAUGGCUCUCAAGAAGGUGAAAGAGGUUGUUUGGGAUCCUGAACAUAACUUCUUUGGCGCGUUGCGCGCCGAAGGCCAUCCCGCCGGCUCCAAGCCGAACUCGCAAAGUCCGACGUUAAACGAAUCGGACGACAGCGAUUACGAGUCAGAAGUUGGAGACUGCGUUGAGUUUGAAGACUCGGGCGAGCGCAGCUUCUUCUGGUACACCGACGGACGUUACCCACAGAUAUUCGGAUACCGUGCAGAGGAACGUGAUUGGAAACUCUAUCGGGGCAAGUCGGCACGCUCAGAGCUGGACAAUCAACGCGCGAACAUGUUCUACGAGUCCACCGCGCCUUACUACCCUGCGGCUUCCGAAUGGGCCCUGUGUAACUCGACGAAGAAAGAGUAUGUUCUAGCCAGUACGAUCGCCAGUAUCCCGCCUUGGCAGAGCGGUUGUGAAGCGCGUGGCCCGUUCAUCGUGCAGGGAAGGGACGGUGACUUGAUCUUCGAUAUAGGCGCUCUCGCAUUACUCUUGACAGCUUGGUCAACGGACAUGGAGUCUCUUGGUGAACCGGGUCCAUGGGCAGGCGAUCAGUUGGCUAUACUACGCGUCGAAGAUAUCGAGGGAGAGGGUGGGAAGAAAGGAUGGGUGGACGUUUCAGAGAAGAUGCACGAGCGAGUGCGGCAAUGGCUGACGCAUCAUCAAGUAUACCUUAAGCAGAACUUUGGCUUAUGA